GGUUCAGCGUCAUCCACCAUUCCCAAGAAUUCCUGCUCGGUUUCUCCACCCUUGCUGGAGUUGUCAACUUAUCAGUGACUACUCAAGAUGCAGUAGAGCAGCCAUAGACUGAGUAGUACUCUGGAAACAACACAACAGCGUGACUGGUAUACUCUCGUUAGUUUUCCGGCUCCACCAAUGAUCAAUCAGGUUUCAACUAUGAGACUAGCGAUCGCCUGACUAGGGAAUUCGUAGUAGACAGUCGCGUAGCACCUCUGGUGCACAACAGUAGGAGCCAGAUUUCCGAGGUUAAAGACGAACGGCCUAAGCUCUGUAGUGGUGUUGUGUAAGAAGUUUCUUAAACAUGGAGUUUAAGAUUCCGAAGAAUCUAGAAGACCUUGAGCAGGACGGCGACGAGUCCUCAGGCUGUCUCCACGUCACGGAUGUAGCAGACCCGGUGAUCGAGCCCAACCUUGUCCGAGAGAUCUCGCGCGAGCUCGGAGAGAAGGAUCUGUUCUGCGUGGAGGAGCAGGAGACCUUCAGCAAGAUAUACUCGGCUGUCAAGUGCUUUGACCAACUAGAUGCUUCCUCGAAAGACCUUCUGAUCGACUCCCUGGCAACGAAUCUCAGCUGCCUCGUUCCAUCCAUCGCGGCAUUCCUCGCGUCUUCCGGCAGCUCCUCCACGUCAGCGCCUGAUGGCGACGUGUCCAAAUCAGGGCCGUCGAUCAGGGCCUACAAGAACUGCAUCAAGGUCUACAGCUACUUCCUCUCAUCUAUCGUCAAGCAUGCAGCAGUCGCCAAGGCAAUGGAAAAUGCCGACCGCCCUGCUCAGAAGGGGGGACGCCAGUCGCGGAAGAAGACAGUGGCAUCGCACUCCUGGGAGUGGCAGCGCCAGAUGCCCAAGGUGCUCAAGGCGCUCGCUACAGCCACAUCCGUCAAGCUCACCUCUCUUUAUCACGGCUCGGCACCCGAGGAGAGCCUUAUGGAGACUUACUGCAGUCUGGCGUUCACGCUAUUCGAGGACGCCGAAUUGCUCAAAAACGGGGAUGCGCGCGCGCCGCUCGUGCAGAUGGUGGCGCAGUGCGCCGUGAAGCAGGGGUAUCUGGUGCAGGUGGUAUCCGGCCUGCUGCACCUGCUGCACCACCAGAAGCACUCCCCCGAUAUAGUCACGGAAGUGGUGGUGUACGCGGAUGAGCAGCUGGGGCAGCCGGGUCUGGCGGCUGCAGUACUGCAGGACGUGGGGAGGACGGGGCUCAAGGAGUACAGCCGAACCAACAGUGGCGUGCACGAGGUGGCCGAGUUCCUGAUUGCCCUGGCGGACAAGCAGCCCCGCCUGCUAGCCGCCUCCCUGCCGCUGCUCAUGCCGCACCUCGAGCACGGGGAGUCCGCGCCCCUCCGCUGCGCCAUGGUCACCGCCAUCAGCCGCCUCCUCGCGCGCCUCUACUCCGCCGACGCUGGCGCAGCGGCGGGCGGAGCGGGGUCUGCAGCAGGAGACCGGGGGGCCGUGGGGGAAGGCGCGGAGGGCGACGAGGAUGAGGAGGGUGGAAGAGAGAGCGCGGGUGGCGCGGAGGAGGAGGGCCCCGCGGCAAGGAGGGCGAUGCGCGCGCGGAUGCAGCGGCUGCGGAGCAAGCAGGGGCUGCUGGCGGUGCUGAUGGAGCGCGCGCGCGACCAGUCGGCGCACGUGCGCAGUAGGGUGAUGCAGGCGUGGGGGUGGCUGUGCGGGGAGAAGGCCGUGCCCCUGGGGCACUGGAACGCCGUGGCGGAGCUGGCGGUGGGGCGGCUGGAGGACAAAUCGUCGAUGGUCCGGAAGAAUGCGCUGCAGCUCCUGGGCGAGAUGCUUCAUCAGAACCCCUUCGGGCCUCACCUCCGCGUGGCUCCCUUCGAGGUCACUCUGGAGAAGGCUCGCCUUGAUCUCCAAGCCAAAGAGGAGAGCCGCCGCCAGGCCGAGGAGCAGGACGCAGGGGAGGGAGGGGAGGAAGGAGAGGGAGGGAUGGGGGCAGAGGUUGAGGGAGGAGCAGCAGCGGAGGCUGUGACAGGUGAGGGGAUGCCGGUUGGGUCGGAGGGGGUGUGUGACGAUAGCUGGGUGGACUCCCAGGCGACCCAGGAUGAAGGCCAGGCUGAUGCUGCUGCUGCUGCAGGGUCGGAUGAGCAUUCAGCAGGGGCUGCAAAAGCAGGUGCAGCAGGGUCACCUUCUGCCCCAGCGGGCAGGGUGGUGUUGAGCCGCUCGUUUGGUCUGGAGCAGACGCGCACACUAGUAGCGUCCCUCUCAGCGGGGCUGCAGUUCGCCCGCCAGCUCACAGCCGUGACUGCCGCCCUGGCGGGGCUGCUGGCGUCGUCGGCGGUGUCGGACGUGGAGGGCGCGAUUCUGCUGCUCACGGCGCUGCAGCACUUCAAAGUGGACGGCGCCGCUCAGAGGCUGAAGAAGAUACUGCCGCUGGUAUUCUCACACGACCCUGCAGUGCGGGCAGCAGUGGAGGCGGCAGUGCUCGAGCUGCACGUGAAGGGGCGCUCGUCAGCAGAGGCAGCUCGCAGCCUCGUGGCUCUCACGCACGGCGCGUCCUCUGGCGACCUGGCGGCGCUGGAAGUGCUGGUCAGCACGUUCGUGCACAACGGGGAUAUCACCAUGAAGAUGGUGUCAAUCCUUUGGGACAUCUUCACUUUCAACCUGCCCGGAGCCACGUCAGCAGAGAGCACAGGCGCGCUCAUCCUCCUCUCCAUGGCGGCGAACUCCCGCCCGGAAAUUCUCAACCACCAUUUGGGCGCGCUCCUCGCUAUAGGCCUAGGCAGGCGGGCUCAGAGCGACCCUCUCCUAGCUCUCUAUACCUGUAUCGCCCUGCAGAGGGUUUCUGGGGAAGUGAAGGAGGAGAUGGGGGCGGGGCACAGGGUUUUUGCGCUGCUCGAGGGAGUUAUUUUGGGCGGUUUGGUGGAGUUACCCGAAAGGGCGCGGUACGGGGUGAUUGAGCAGGCCGUAAGGGCGGUAUAUGUGCUGCAUCCGGCGCCUGAGAGGUACUGCGGCGUGCUGCUGAAGAAGCUUGUAAAGGGGAUGUUUGGUCGGGGGGCUGUGGUGGCAGGUGGAAGGGAGAGUGGUGGGGGAGGAGGGGAGGGUGGAGGGAGGGAGAGUAGUGAAGCGAGUGGUGUUGUGGAUGGUGGUGGGGAGGCUGGUAACGAGGACAAAGAUGCUGCAGGAGGAACGAGUGGGGAGGAUGGAGGUACACGCAGCAAUGAGGAGGGCAAGGAUUCAGCCGCUGAUGUGCGUGCUGAUGCUGAUGCUGUGGGUGAUGGUGCAAGUGGUGCUGAUGGUGGUGCUGACAGUGCUGAUGCUAGGGAUUCUAUCCCUGCUGAUGCUCCAGGUGCUGCUGCUGCUGCUGCUGGUAGUGGGAGUGAGAGGAAGGUUGAGCUCUCCCUUAAGAGGAUCGAUGCUAAGAAACUCUCAACCUUCGUUUUUGUCACCGGGCAGGCGGCCCUAGAGCACCUGGUUCACGUUGAGAGGCUCGUGCGCCGCAUUCGGGCAGCCCGGGCAGCGAAGGAAAAGGCAGCGGCUGAAGCAGCCGCCGAAGCUAUGGAGGCCGGUCUGACUGGUAUAAAAGCUAAGGCAAGCAGGAAAGGCACAAGCACAGGAGCAGGAAAGAGGAAAAGCGUUGCUGCGACCCCUGCAGCAGCCACAGGGUACGAGAGUGAAGAGGAGGAGGUGGAGGAGGUGGAGGGGGUGGGAGAGGGGAGUGUGGAGGUGAGGGGGGAGGAAGAGGGGGAUAGGAUGGGGCAGGAGCUGGGGACAGCAGUGACAGCGGACGCCCAGCUGGAAGCCCUUCAGGAGCAGGUGGAGGGGGAGAUAGUGGCGAUGGAGGGUGGGCUGGAGAGGAGGAGGAGCGAGGGGAGGGAGUGCCUGGUGGGGCGGAUCGCUUGGCUUGUGUCGGCGCUGUGCCGGCGGCCCCAGGCGUUCGUGCAGAGCCAGGGCGUGUAUGCGAGUGCGGUGCUCUCUCUGUCCAAGCUCAUGGCCAUCGACGCGCAUUUCUGCGAGUCCCACCUGCAGCUCUUCUUCACGCUCCUCCGCACCCAUCCGCACCCCUCUGUGCGCGCCAACGCCAUGGUGGCUCUGGGAGACCUGGCCCUGCGCUGCCCCAACCUGCUGCAGCCGUGGACGCCCCACGCCUAUGCCGUGCUGGGAGACUCCAACGCGUUUGUGAGGAGGCAGGCGCUCUUGGUCCUCUCGCAUCUCAUUCUGAACGACAUGAUGAAGGUGAAGGGCCACAUCAGCAACCUGGCCAUCUGCCUGGAGGACCCUGAGCCCCGCAUUGCUGACCUGGCACGACUCUUCUUCCACGAGCUCGCCAAGAAGGGCUCCGCUCUCGUGUACAAUCUUCUACCGGACAUGUUAAGUCACAUGGCAGUGGACUCUCGGCUGUCUGAGGCGUCCCUCCACUCCAUCCUGCGCUUCCUCAUGGCGUUCAUCGACAAGGAGAAGCAGCGCGAGGGGCUGAUUGACAAGCUCUGCCACCGCUUCAAGAACGCCAAGCCUGCCUCCUCCACUGCUGCUGCCCCCGCCUUGGGUCCUGCAAAUGUUGCUGACUCCCCCCCUCCUGAUGCUGCUGCUGCUGCUGCUGCUGCUGCUGCUGGUGCUGCUGGUGCAACUGCUCCUGCUGAUGAUGCUACAGGUGCUGCUGUUGAUGCUGCCGCCGUCGCUCCAAGUGGUGCCUCGGACGACAAUGCAUCGUCUGUCCUUACUGCCUCUGGAGAUGGCAGCACCGCCACCAGCACCAGUGGUGCCACUGCGGUAGAGGCUACUGAAGCUACUGAAGCUUCCACUAACGAGGAUAGGACUAGUGGAGCCGCCAGUGGAAGCAGCGGCAGGGAUGGCAGGGUGCAGCAGCAGCGCAUGCUGGCGUUCUGCCUCUCCCUGCUGCCCUGCUCGGAGCGCGGCGCCCGGCGGCUGAUGGACAACUUCAAGGAGGUCAAGGACGCGCUGGGGGACGCUGCUGUGCUCGAUUACCUCAAAACUGCAACUGGCAAGGCUAAGAAGUUUGCCAAGCCGGAGCUGAGGGAAGAGCUGGAGAAAUUCGAAGAGCUGAUGGCGAGGACCCACGAGGAGAAGAGGGAGGAGGAAGAGGCGUCCGCCUCUGCUGCUGCUGCCGUUGCUGCUCAGGCUGCUAAAGCGGUGGCCAAGUCUGCUGCUAGGAUUGCUGCUAAGGAGUCUGCUAAGACUGCUGCUUCUGGGGAUGCUGAGGAUGGUGCUGGUGAAAUUGGCAGUGAAGGUGGUGCUGGUGGUAGUGCUGCUGCUGCUGCUGCUGAGAGCGGGAGUUCUGGUGAAGACGCGCAGGAGGGAGAGGGGAAGGAAGACGAUAGUGAGGAGGACGAGGAGGUGGAAGAGGUAGAGGAGGUGGAGGGGGUGGAAGAGGUAGAGGAGGUGGAGGGGGUGGAAGAGGUAGAGGAGGUGGAGGGGGUGGAAGAGGUAGAGGAGGUGGAGGGGGUGGAAGAGGUAGAGGAGGUGGAGGGGGUGGAAGAGGUAGAGGAGGUGGAGGGGGUGGAAGAGGUAGAGGAGGUGGAGGGGGUGGAAGAGGUAGAGGAGGUGGAGGGGGUGGAAGAGGUAGAGGAGGUGGAGGGGGUGGAAGAGGUAGAGGAGGUGGAGGGGGUGGAAGAGGAAAGCGCUGAGGAGGAGGAUGCUGUAGGUAUGGAGGGAGAGGUGGAGGAAGGAAGAGGGGAAAGUGUGAGGAGAAGCAGCCGUGGUGGCGGUGGGGGGAGGAGCAGCGUGGGUAGUAGGGAGGUUGUGAUGGGAACAGGGAGUGCACACGGUGGGAGGAGGGAGGAGAGGGGGAAAAGGGGGAGUGGAAGCAGCAGGAGGAGGAACAGCAGGAAUAGUGGGACGAGUGAGAGGGCUGGAGGGCAUGGUGGGAGGACGAGGAGGAUGGUUGCAUGGAGUAGCAGUGACGAGGAGAGUGGGGAAGAGAGCGGGGAAAAGAGUGGAGAAGAGAGUGGAGAGGAGGAAGAGGAGGGCGAUGUGGAGGAAAAUGUGGAAGAGGAGGAGGAAGUGGAGGGGGAGGAGGUUCAGAGAAGAGGGGGAGGGGGGCGGGGAAGGAGUCAGGGGAGGGAAAGCGGGCUGAAGGAAUCAGACGGAGAAGAGAGCGAGGAAAGUGAUGGUGCUGAGGAGGGGGGGUACGGUGAUGAGGCAGGGAGUGAGGGAGGAGAGGAGGGGGGAGAGACAGAGGACACGGAUGUUAAGGAAGUUGGGGCAGAGGGGGAAGAGGGUGAAGAGGAGGAAGAGGAGGAAGAGGAGGAAGAGGAGGAAGAGGAGGAAGCGGAGGACGAGGGGGAGGUGGAAGAAGAGGAGGCGGAGGAAGAGGAACCUGUGUCAGGAAAGGGUCAGGCGUUUAGGGUUGACAUGAGGCCUGUUGGGGAGAGGAAGCUUCCAGGCAGGCAGCCGGACAAUGAGGGGAGGAAUGGUGGGAUUGAGAACGUGGUCCUGAGGCCGCUGGGCGAGAGGAAGGGGAGGGGGAGGAAGCAGAAGGGGGCAGUAGUGGACAGUGACAGUGACGGGGGUGACAAUGAUUGGGGGGAUGUGAUUGAAGAGGAGAGGAAGGUCAUGAGGCGGAUGAGAAACAGGAGGGCAGCUCUGCUGGGGAGUGAGAGUGAGAGUGAGGGGGAGAUGGAGAUGUGUGGGACGGAGCCACUUGGAAGGAAGAAGCCUGCCACUCCCAGGAACCCAUUGCACCCCAUUGCCAACAAAAACUGCUAACUGGUGGAUUUUCAGGUUGCAGCUGGUCGUGUAAGCCAGGAAAGGAUAUGAAGCAAACCAGGUGUAUGAUAAGAAACUCACACAUUCAAUUUUCUUAGCGCUUAAGAGAUGGGAUCCCUUCAUCCGUAGAUUAGUUGGUUUCAAUACCUCGGCGAUGUCUGAAACCUUAAGACUAGCUGUUCUGUCAGAUAUUUGGUAGCAAUGGCAUAUUGCAUAGGCUAGUUUCUAUGGUAUUUUGUCCAUUUUGGAACACUAACGUGUCCA